AAUAUCAAAUGAUCCUGGUUCUCCAAAGUGUUUAGAUACCGUUGAUUCCUGGCCUGUUGAGAGUAGUUGACCUCUUGAUAUUGCAACGAGGAUGAGUCAUGGGUAUAAGCUUCCGCCAUUUGUUGUUCCUGGCUGUCGUCUAUCGUGAUCACUUCAGGCUGUUGGGCAUUGUGGAUGUUGUUGGCUGGAGUUGUUGACCUGAAAGACAUGACGAAUAACAAUUGACAAUUAACCAAUAACCAAUAACCAAUUAAAUAAUUAAGAAAGAGCACUUUAUUCUCUCUCAACAAUUACCAAAUAAAGUAAUAUUCAACUAAAUUUCAAUUGAUUUAACCGAUUUUAAACCCACCAACCUCCAAGGCUUAGUCAGCUAAGUCCACCACGAUAUUUUUAAGCCCUUCAUCAAACGAGUAUAAAAGAAGGAGUCAGUUCUCGAUAUUUUUAACAAACCCACCUUCUUUUAACUAUAUCAAUCAUGUCUGACCCUUCCUCAAUCGCCUCUUUGAAACCAGCAUUCUUCUUACACGUUGAUGCUGAUGAACCUCAACCAAUUUAUAAAAAUGCACAAGGUUCUUUAACUCUAGUUAAACUUAAUGGUGGUUAUACCAAAACUUUAGACCCAAAAUACCCAUUUGAUACUGAAGUCGAGUUUGGUAUUGACAAUUUAACUACUAAAGCUGGUAGAGAUGGUACUAUAACCAAUUUAGACUGUCAAUUGUAUUUAAAAUCCAAGAAAAACGGUGGUGGUAUCCAUUUUGCUUAUUCUGGUGUUGUUAUUCAAGGUGAACAAGUUGUUGAUGUUGUUCUUAAAAAAUCAAAUGACUCAGGUUUCACUAAGUCUUAUGUUACAAAUCAUCCAAUUGUCACGUUAGAUGAGUCAAAUAAAGAAGAAUCUUGGAUCCAAGGUAAGAAUUUAAUUGGGAAAGGUAGAUUUACCAGAAGUGAAUCUGGUAAACUAGCUGUUGAAUAUUAUGUCUACGCUUUAGAAUAG